AUGAGUCAACAGAGUAGUAUAGAGUCACUUUUCGAAUACUUGAACAAGCGAGAUGAAUGUGAGAAUACUAACGAUUACGAUGGUGAGCAAUUCGGUGCUCGUAUCUCAGCCAUUUUCGUAAUUAUGGCUACAUCAGCAUUUGGAGCAUUCUUUCCAAUUCUCUCGUCAAGAUAUUCGUUCAUUAGGUUGCCAUGGUGGUGUUUUUUUGGUGCUAAAUAUUUCGGAAGUGGUGUGAUUGUUGCAACUGCAUUUAUUCAUUUGUUGGAACCAGCUUCCGACGCUUUAGGAGACGAAUGUUUAACUGGGGUGAUAUCUGAAUAUCCAUGGGCAUUUGGCAUUUGUCUUAUGACUCUAUUUGUGUUGUUUUUUUUUGAAUUGGUGGCUUAUCGUAUAAUCGAUAAAAAGGUGAGUGCCAUGAAUGAUGACAUCGAAGAAGGUGGUGCGGGUGGCCACUCACAUUCCCAUUUUGGUGAUGAAUCGUUGUACGUAAAGCAGAAAGUUGACCCAAAAAAGGAAGAAAUUGAGGACGAUGCUGAGGUUUCAGAGUCUGGCCAUGAAAAUGACAAAGAGUUAGGGGCUAACCCAUAUCCAAACCAUUUCCAACACGCCCACGAACACCAAGAUCCUGGCGCUUUGGGAACUCCAGUCAAUGACCAGAAUAAGGAGCAAUAUUACGGACAAUUGUUAAAUGUUUUUGUGUUGGAAUUUGGUAUCGUUUUUCACUCGGUUUUUAUCGGAUUGUCGUUGGCCGUUGCCGGUGACGAAUUCAAAACCCUUUACAUUGUUUUGGUUUUCCACCAAAUGUUUGAAGGUUUAGGUUUGGGUACCAGGAUUGCAACCACCAACUGGGAGAAAUACAGAUUCACACCUUGGUUAUUAGCACUUGGUUACACCGUUUGUACUCCAAUCGCUAUUGCCAUUGGUCUUGGCGUGAGACACUCGUACCCACCAGGAUCAAGAAGGUCUUUAAUCACCAAUGGUGUCUUUGACUCAAUCUCUGCUGGUAUCUUGGUUUACACUGGUCUUGUUGAGUUAAUGGCCCACGAGUUUUUGUACAGUGGUGAAUUUAAAGGCUCUGAUGGUUUCAGAAAGAUGUUGGUAGCAUACUUUAUUAUGUGUUGGGGUGCUGGUUUGAUGGCCUUGCUAGGCAAGUGGGCAUAA